AUGUCAGUGCCACUGCAGACCUCUGAGGACACCGCUGAGGGGCGACAGUCGGUGCCACAGGCCUUCGUUGAACAUUGGGCACCCCAGAAGGGGAAACCUGAGGGAGUCCCAACCCUGCCGGAACUGGGUGGCAGUGUGCUCUGGGCUUUCAUGUUCCUGAUGUGUUUCAGUGUGAAGAGCGGUCAGAUCCGGAACCUUGAGUCGGCUCGGGUCUCGAUGACCGGACAGGUUAAAAGAUGUGACACUGAGGAAAGCACCUCGCCAGACCCGGACUCUGCCCCGGACUCGGCCCCAGACUCAGCCCCUGGCUCGGCCCCAGGCUCUGCCCCAGGCUCGGCCCCAGGCUCGGCCCCAGACUCGGCCCCAGACUCCAGCCCAGUCCCUGAGCCAAAUCAGCAGAUCUUAGACCAAACGUUUCCACAGAAUCAAGAGGAAGGAGAAGACAACAGCAGCAGUGCCGGGGAGAGCCAAGAUCAGGCCGUGUUCCGCUGGAGGAUCGAUCUGUCAAAGUCGGAGAAGUACUGGGACGGCUGGUUCAGAGGAACAUCUCAUCUGUUCCUGAGCUGUGAGCUGCCCAAGCUACUGCUGCUGGCCGGAAUCGAUCGAUUGGACCGAGAUCUGACCAUCGGCCAGAUGCAAGGUAAAUUCAUGAUGCAGGUGCUGCCCCCCUGUGGCCACGCUGUGCAGGAGGACCGACCAGAAAAAGUGGCUGAAGCCGUGGCCUCCUUCCUCCUCCGACAUAAAUUUGCUGAAAGUUGCCAGUGA